AUGGAUUGGGAUGGCGUGGAUCUGGCAGGAGCCAGGCCGCACACGCCUGACAUCAUGAACGACCCAGCUUUCGAAACCAACCAUGGGAACAGGACCGGAGGUGCGGAUGAAAUGGAUACAUGUCGGAUAUGCCGUGGAGAAGGGACUGAGGAGGAACAGCUCUUCUACCCCUGCAAGUGCAGUGGGAGCAUCAAAUUCGUCCAUCAGAACUGUCUCAUGGAGUGGCUCUCUCAUUCACAAAAGAAACACUGUGAACUGUGCAAGACACCCUUUAGAUUUACGAAACUUUAUGACCCGAAUAUGCCGAGUGAAUUGCCGGUACCGGUAUUCCUGAAAGAGCUCUUUUUGCAUGCUUGUCGAGCGCUGCUUACCUGGUUACGGUUUGGUCUGGUUGCCUUUGUUUGGCUCGGACUGCUCCCGUGGUCGAUGAGGACGAUAUGGCGGGGCCUGUUUUGGCUUGCAGAUGGACGAUGGCCCGUUCCGGAUACGAUACAGAGACCUGCUUCGGCAGUUGCCAAUAGGAGUGUAGCCUGGCUUGCUGCCCAUGGAACCUCUCCUGCCAGACCAACUCUUGCGUGGGACGUACCCGGCAUGUCAAUGGCCACGGCUAGCCCUCUGGUCGGUAACCCUCAACCGCAAAGUGCUCCUUCAAUGCUCAACUUUUCCACUGGUGAGCCAUUGAUAUACUCUAUUGCAAAAACUUUCCUCUCCAACGCCUUUUCCGCCCCUACGCCCUCCGGCGCGAAUAACUCAGCUUCUGCAACAACAAUUAGGCGCAUACGACAGCCAUCAUGGCUUUCGGACAUGGCCUUCUUAAACAACGCCACCUCCUCCCCUGCGUUGAACAACAUCAUUAUCGAUACCUUGGAAGGUCAGCUUAUCACACUCCUUGUCGUUAUAUCUUUCAUUCUUGUAUUCUUAAUUAGGGAAUGGGUUGUCCAGCAGCAACCUGUUAUCAACCUUCCAGAAGGCGAGGGAGAAGUUCUUGGCCAACUACUUAAUCGCGCAAUGGAACAACAUGCGGCUGCAGAGGAGGUGCAUGAGCAAGAGGCGGAAGAGGAAGCUGUUGCUGAAAACGAAGCCCCUGGGCCCGAACAUCAAUUGGAGGAAUCAGAUCAUGAACCUGAAAAUGAAGUUGGCGAUGCCCCUACCCAAAGAAGAGGCGUUUUCAACGAGAAUCCCUUACCUGAUACACAAACUUUUAACCCUUUUGCCCCCAAUUACGUUGGCCCAUAUCCUGAGAACUCUCCUUAUGUUCAUAAUGCUCGUGGCCAAGAUCCACCAAUAUUCCGCGGCAACUUUCAUAACCAUAACCGGCCUUUUCAGAUACCAGCUGAUGCCUCCAACCGUCCUAGCAUGUGGGAUGAACCAGAGACAAAUUUCACUUAUCAAUCAGCUGGGGCUCGUCAUGACUUCACAGAAUUUGGACAGAAUGAGGGCAGAGAAGACCAAGACGAGAAACCAGAUCAGGGGCCUUCUACUACAAGAGAACCCAUGGCCGCGCGGGAAAAUAUACCACCAUUCAACCCAUUUAGUGGACAGACUACUCAAUGGAGGUUUCCUGACUUUGAUGAGGGACAUACCUCCCCUGCUGAGGAGUCAAGCUAUCAGCCAUCACGAACAACUCCCGCUGCCUACGAAAAUCAUACUCAUGUGCCACACUACGAAAAUGAUGGCUCAGAUGCAGGGGGAGCAGUAGUGGACUCUCAUAUUCCAGAUGCCCAAUCCACGGGCUCUCAAUCAGGCAAUGAUGACAAUGAUGAUACCCCUCCAGGCACUGCUGCUAAUGCCCGCAAUACUGAAGAUGCGUUAGGGGAUGAUGAGGCCCUUGAGAGAGAUACAAACGCAGAAUCCCAUCCUGAUUCUCCAACUCAGCCCGCUUACCCUAGAGAAGAGCUACUUUAUACGCCGAUAAUUCCGCCAAGGAAUAUUUUCGAUAGGAUGUUUAAUUUCUUUUGGGGUGCCAUUCCAAUUGUGCUUCCAAAUGAGGAAGACGAGGAAGGCGGUGCUGACCCUCAACCAGCCCUUAUUCGACAACACCAACGGCAUAGGCGGGGUGGCGGUGACGCAAAUGAAGCGGCCAAUCGUGGCCGUGCAGCAGCGCCAGCUAAUGAUGCUCUGGACGGCAAUGAUGCUGAAGCUGUUGAAGAUGUAGACGACCUUGAGGGCGUUAUGGAACUUAUUGGAAUGCACGGCCCUCUCUUUGGUCUGCUACAAAACGCAGUCUUCAGCGCACUGUUGAUAUCAUUUACCGUCUCCAUUGGUAUAUGGCUUCCUUAUCUUUGGGGUAAAAUCGCUUUGGUGAUGCUGGUCAACCCUGUUGGACUAUUCAUCCGAGUUCCAAUAACCGCUAUCUCAAUGUUGGCCGAUAUCACUGUCGACCUAAUCCUCGGAUGCUUUGCAUAUGUAGUCUAUCUCAUGAAUGUGUUGGUUCGGGCGAUUUUGGCACAGCUAGGCCUUUUCCUCCCGAGUCUCGGUAAACUCUCUGCUGCUAACUCCAUUACUUUCGCCUCCCUAUCCUUGAUGGAAGGAAGUAGCCAGAGAUUAACUGGGCUUAUCACGACCAUGUUUACGUUUCAUGAAACUGACCUUCCUAUGUUUUCCGCCGUAUCACACGAGGCGCUGAAAUUACAUCAAGCCAGAUUUGCCUAUCUAGGACAUAUGCUCUUUAAUGGCGGAAAGGCUCUACUACAUGAUAUACCCCUGAGCAUAAUUCAGUCAGAAAAGCCUCUCCUGGCGGUUAAAAGCUUCCUUCUGGCUGAUCUUCCAAAGGCUCCUGGCCUAGCGUUAACUUUGCUGAAGAGCCUAGGAGAAGUUUUUGGCAUUGUUAAUGGAUUAACAGAUUGGUCAACUUCCGAUACCCUUAUUCAAAACUCAACCACGUCCGCAAGUUAUGAGUUAAGUCGCUGGAGCUCCAAAGAUCGACUGAUUGCCAUAAUCCUAGGCUACUGUUUUGCUUCUCUCCUCGGUAUUGCUUAUCUUCGCAUAUCUGGUAUUAUAUCUGGGACUCGCCGUGAUGGGCAAAUAGGAGAUGGUCCGCUUGCUGAAAUCCUUCGUCAAGCAGGUGGUGUAAUGAAGGUCAUUGUUAUAAUUGGGAUCGAAAUGAUAGUUUUCCCAUUAUAUUGCGGUAUCCUGUUAGAUAUUGCAUUACUACCUCUCUUUGGGAACGGCCUAUUUGCAUCUCGAGCUGCAUUUACAUUGGAAUCUCCGUUAACGUCUCUGUUCGUCCAUUGGUUCAUCGGAACUUGCUACAUGUUUCACUUUGCGCUAUUUGUCUCAAUGUGUCGGAAAAUUAUGCGCAGCGGUGUGCUUUACUUCAUUCGCGACCCUGAUGACCCUACAUUCCACCCAGUACGUGAUGUACUUGAACGAAACAUCACUACACAACUUCGGAAGAUCGCAUUUAGCGCCCUAGUGUAUGGAGCUCUGGUGAUUAUCUGCCUUGGUGGGGUUGUUUGGGGCCUAUCGCUUACAUUCAGCGGUAUUCUCCCCGUUUACUGGUCUUCGAAUGAACCAGUUCUAGAGUUUCCAGUUGAUCUUCUCUUCUACAACUUUGUGAUGCCUGUCGCCAUUAGAGCAAUCAAACCAUCGGACGGAUUACAUAAAAUAUAUGACUGGUGGUUCCAUGAAUGCGCUCGAAUGCUUAGACUUACGCAUUUCCUCUUUGGAGACAGAAAACCUGACGAGGAAGGGUAUUUUGAAUAUCCUACGUGGCGAGAGGCGUUCCUUAGCUUGUUUACCCGAGAAAAACCCAGGCCUCGGCGUUUCCUUCGCAACGGAAGAUUCGUUCGAGCACCAGCUUCGGACCAAGUGAGGAUACCUAAAGGGGAACAAGUAUUCGUGGAAGUCAAUGAAAAUAAUGAACGUAUAGAUGGGAAUCCCGAUAAUGAUGACGGUCGCCAUGGGAAGAAGAACGAGAUGUACUCACCAGUUUACGUUCCGCCAAAUUUCCGAGCAAGAAUUUUUGCUUUCCUGUUACUGCUUUGGGUUUUUGCUGCAGCUACCGGUGUUGGAAUUACUAUAAUUCCUCUCAUAAUUGGGCGUCGGAUGCUGUCGUUCAUGUUCCCGCCACAUAUCCGUGUGAACGAUAUCUACGCGCUAUCAGCAGGAGUUUACGCCUUUGGAACCGUGUAUUAUGGAUACCUACACUUCCAUAAAAUAACUGACGCUCUCCAUGAAGGCGCUGAGCCGUACAUGAGAUCACCGAAGCAACUUCUAUACAAAACUUGCAACCUAGCUGUUCGUGCUCUCCGUGUCGUAUACUUAGCCGCGGUAGUAGGACUAUUCCUUCCCUCAGCUUUCGCCCUCAUUACCGAAUUUUACCUAUUGAUUCCAUUACACACCUAUCUAAGCCCAUCGGAGACGCACAUCAUUUACUUUGUGCAAGACUGGACUCUUGGAAUCCUUUACGUUCGGAUGGCAAUUCGAUUCCUGCUCCGAAAACCCUUAUCUCUAUCUGCCAUGGCGCUGCGUGGUAUAGUUCGUGACGGCUGGACCAACCCUGAUAUCUGGCUAGCAACGAGGGUAUUUUUUAUCCCCGCAGCCCUUGUCGUACUCAUUGCCACUGUGUGCCCACUCCCGAUCGGUUUUAUCCUAAACUCUACUCUCUUCUCCGAGUCAUCUGCUACAUUCCACUCUCAGGUUUAUCGAUAUUCCUAUCCCGCUUUCUUGGUAUUAAUGCUUUUUGUCCGGGGGGUACAUGUUCUCCAACGUCAGAUUGGCGUUUGGCGAGUCAGCAUUAGAGAUGAUGUAUAUAUGAUCGGGGAACGGCUUCAUAAUCUGGGCGAGAAGCGUGCAAGGAAUGUUGGCCAGGCUAGGAGGAUGAUUACUUCAUGA